AUGUCAUUCCCAAAAGCCCAGCCGGACUGGAACAACCUCCAGGUUCUCCAUAGGAACAAGCUCUCCCCGCGAGCACAUUUCUAUUCAUAUGCGAGUGAGGAGAGGGCUCUAUCAUUUGACCGUGAGCAGAGCGAAUACAAGUCUCUUAACGGGACUUGGAAAUUCCAUCACGAUGCCUCGCCCUUUGAGGCUCCGGACUGGGAAGAAGCCGAGCCCUUGUCUUGGGAUGACAUCAAAGUCCCCGGUCUGUGGCAGCUUCAGGGUUAUGGGCGACCGUUGUACUCAAAUGUCAACUAUCCGUUCCAUGUUAAUCCUCCAAAUGUCCCCUACCUAAAUGAGACCGGCUCUUACUGGCGAACCUUCACUGUUCCUGGCGAAUGGGAUGGCCAACAGAUUCGCCUGCGCUUCGAAGGUGUCGACAGUGCAUUCCACCUCUGGGUCAAUGGACGCGAUGUGGGAUAUAGCCAGGGGAGCAGAAAUCCCAGCGAGUUUGACAUUACUUCGUUUCUACAGCCAUCUGGCCAAGCCAACACUAUUGCCGUGCGGGUGUAUGAAUUUUGCGAUGGAUCGUACAUUGAGCGACAGGACCAAUGGCUGUUGUCGGGUAUCUUCCGAGAUGUUUACUUGGUUCCUUUCCCAAAGGACGCCAUCGUUGACUUUUCUGCAACCCCUGAGCUUGACGACGCCUUUUCUUCAGCUACCCUCAGCACCAAGGCAUCUAUUCAGGGCGAUGAUGGUGAUCUCAGAGUUAAAUUAUUCGCCCCCGAUGGCUCUCUUGUCAAGGAAGACUCGAUUUCCUCGUCGGAGACUAGUAUCAUUACCCUUUCCGGGGAUGCGCUGAAACUCUGGUCGGCUGAGGAUCCUGUUCUCUAUACUGUCCUCCUGACCUUUGCUGGGCGUACGAUUGGCCAACGAAUCGGUUUCCGUCGCAUUGAGCGCAAGGACCCGAAUUUCUUCAUCAACGGUAAACCGAUCAUUUUCUACGGCAUGAAUCGUCAUGAGCAUCAUCAGCUCUACGGACGUGCAGUCCCGUACGAGUGUAUGAGGGCAGAUUUAGUUCUCAUGAAGCAACACAACAUAAAUGCCCUCCGCUGUUCGCACCAACCGAACGAUCCCCGCCUAUAUGAGGUCUGCGACGAGCUUGGUCUCUAUGUCAUCGCUGAGGCAGACCUUGAAACGCAUGGAUUUCAUCCGGUCGAGAGAUCCAACAUCAAGGAUCAGAACCUCAAAACUCGCGUUGAGAUCCAAGAAGAAUCUUACAAAUUGGCUGCAAAAUGGACUUCGGACAAUUUGGAGUGGCGCGAGGCAUAUCUUGACCGGGCUGUUCAAUUGGUGCAGCGUUUCAAAAAUUAUCCCUGCAUUGUGUUUUGGUCCCUAGGUAACGAGGCAUUCUACGGCCAAAACCAUGCGGCAAUGUACAAAUGGAUCAAGGAGAACGACCCGACCAGGCUAGUUCACUAUGAGGGAGAUCGUGAGGCCCUGAGCGCCGACAUGUAUAGCGUCAUGUACGCCAGCCUGGAUGGCAUGAAGAAGCACAUCACCGAGAAGCCAGACCGACCACUGAUCCAGUGCGAGUUUGGCCAUGCCAUGGGCAACGGUCCCGGCGGCCUGUCUGAAUAUAUCCAGGCUUUCAGAACCGAAAAGCUUCUCCAAGGUGGUUUCAUCUGGGAAUGGUGCAACCAUGGACUAAGAACGCGCGAUGGCAAAAUUUUCUACAACGCCUAUGGCGGUGACUUUGGCGAUGAGCCCAAUGAUGCUGAUUUUGUCAUGGACGGUAUGACUUGGACCGACCAUACCCCAAAUCCAGGCUUGGUUGAGUACAAAAAGGUAAUCGAACCUGUUACGGUCACAAAGAAUGGCGAUCAAUUGGUAGUGAGAAAUCACUAUGAAUUCAUUGACCUCAGCCACCUCGACGUAACUUGGCAUCUGGUCCAGGAAACCGGGAAUACCGAGGCUCAGCCAUUUGAGCUACCCCAAAUAAAGGGGGGAGAAUCAGUUACUGUCGGCUUCCCCAGCGGUGUUAGUCUAGGUACAGAUUCGACCUGGUUCGCACUCAAUUUCCGCCUCAAGGCUGAUACGAAAUGGGCGAAGAAAGGGCAUGAGGUGGCCUGGAGUCAGAUCCCUCUAUUCGAAGACCAGCAACUAACAUUGCCCUCGGUUCCGUCGGAGUCAGCUUCACUGUUUAGCAUUCGCGAGAAGGGCGCCCGUCUAUUCAUCACCUCCCCAUCUUUCAAAUCUCACCUCACCUUUGACUUGAUCCGAGGCAACCUACAAUGGUCAAACAACAAAGGAAAGAUCCUGACCAAGGGCCCAGAAUUGGGUUUGUACCGAGCAUUGACCCAGAAUGACGUCGGUGAGAGCGGUGAUGCACCCGUCUGGCAACAAUUUCGCGUCGGCAGCGCUAAGAUGCAUGUUCGUUCUGCUACAUGGAAAGUGGAAAAUGGAAAGGUCAUCAUCGUUAGCCAGGUUCGAGUCCAACCUACCGUAUUGGAAUGGGCAUGCAAUGCUACAAUGACAUACACGAUAAGUGAGGGAUCGGUCCAUCUCCACACCCAGGGAAGCUUCUCUGGGACCUAUCCUAAAAUCAUGCCGCGCGUCGGUCUUACUCUUUCGUUGCCCAAGUAUUAUAAUGCAGCAGAAUGGUUCGGCCGUGGACCGGGUGAAUCUUAUUUGGACAAGAAGGCUUCGGCCCGCUUUGGCCGGUGGAAUUCGUCGAUCGACGAGCUCAAUACCGCCUAUGAGUGGCCACAAGAAAAUGGCAAUCGCGCUGAUACCCGGUGGUUGCGUGUCAAAUCUGCCACACCCGGCGAGCAUGGCGGUGCCACAAUCGAAGCGAGGAUGGAGACUCCUUUCCACUUCUCUCUGCGGAAGCAUGCGACCGACGACUUGGACAAGUCGAGACACCCGCAUGAGUUGACGGAGCUUGAUGAAACGGUCCUCAAUCUGGAUCACUUGCAGCAUGGUCUCGGGACAGGCAGCUGCGGUCCAGGCCCAUGGGAACAGUACCAGCUCAAGACCGGGCCAUUUGAGUUCACUACUGUACUUACCGUCAUUGAACAUUAG